AUGGACCCAGAUUCUGAGGCUCAAGCCAUCUUGAGCCGUUUCAAGACUCUACCCAAGCUAAGUCGCCAAGCCGUGUAUGUAUUGCCUUAUGGCCUGCAAAGGCCGAAAGCUGAAACAGCCCACAGGUACCGUGGCGUCAUGGACCAGCUACGCCCUGAUGAAUGGCGCGAAGUGAAAAGUCGUGUCGAUCGCAUCCAUUUCCGCUGUGAUUUUCUGGACAAGCUGCCCCUGGAGAUCGUGUCUCUCGUCGCAGAGAAGCUGCCUCUGGCCGACAUCGUUCGCCUUCAGAGGGUGUCUCGAAGAUGGCAGCAGGUCCUUUUAUCGCCGUCGCUGUGUCGUGCUGCUGCCCGAGCAACCCUGGGCAGGGAUCCCUGGGCGCAACGUUCCGCCUCCGAUCCUCAUGCUGCGGUGGCUAUCCAUACGGCCUCUUCUGCUAAUGCAUCAGGCCCUGCCUCCACUGCCGCGCCUUACUCUACCGCAUCGUUCAUCAAUCUCGUAAAAAGAAGACGCCGCCUGGAGCAGGGAGGUUCCAACCAGAUCAGCAUAAUGCUAAUCCCACUAGGUGUUGUGCGUGAUAACAGUUGGUAUACUCGGGCCGUGGGCUAUUCACACGGCGCCCUUGCCUGGCUAGCCGGAGAAGACGAUCAAACCACCGUACUCACGUUUGAUCUAUGGACGGCGGCACAAAGGAAGCGUUUCACCACGGAGAAUCGCGAAAAGCUGGUCGCGCUGCGAUUCAAAAUGCCUUUGAUUGCGGCGACAUCAGUCAGAGGGUACUGCCAUGUCUGGAAUAUUGACACGGACGAAUACUCGUCCUUCCGGAUCCCGUCGGCCUCCUACAAACAUUUCUUGAUCAAUGGAACCAAGAUUGCCCUCAGCUAUCAUGACUAUGUCGUCCACUGGAGUUUCGAUACGAAAAUCACUCGUACCGUUCAUACUGGGAGCUCCAUUGUGGCCUUCGCUCUGCAUCCCUCAGAGGACCAAUUCACGCUAAUUCGUGUUUGUAAAAAGGAGGAGAAAGAUCCUCUUGACGCAAGGGCAGCCUUUCCUGAAUGUGGACUCGCUAUUGACUUGUGCAAGCUGCACACGGCCAAAUAUGUCCUGAACAGCAAGAACGAGUUUCACUCCGUUCUCACACGCUACCAGCCAUUCCCAAAUUUACAUCUUAGCAAAGAAUGGAUCGAUAUUUAUUCCGACGGGCGCGCGCAAGAGGUGCAUCUCGGCCAGACCAGUGUAAGCUUGGUCUGCUGGGAAGAAGACGGUAAUACCCUCGAGAGAAUCCAGCUUUACCUGUCAAUCGAGCCGGACGAUCUGGUUGCUAUCCACACAUUACCAAUGUUUGAGUUCCCCUUGGUGUCCAACAUAGUCUGCCCCGAACAAGGCAUACUCUAUGUUUCCAACCUGGAAGGGUUUCAUCUGGGAAUUCUCAAAUCUAUUACUAUGCCCACCACCACUUCUAACGCGUACGUAUGGUAUAAACACUCCAUACGGGACGUGAUAGAUAACGAAGAUGAGCACUACGGUUUCUUGGGCGAUGGGCAGUUUUUGAUAUCCCUCAAAACAGGGGGAAUGCAGGUCUGGGCAAUGGACGAAAGGUACCAGAAGCCUUAUGGAAGGUCGAUCUGA